AUGACUCGGAAGUCAAAUAUUGAACUUGUUUUUUAUGGUCUAGUCUUCUGCAUUAAUUCCAGUACAACUGAAUUAAUUGAUACUACUUUAUUAACAUCAGAAAGCUCAUCGAUUGUUUCAACAUCAUCAUCAAUACCUAGUCAUAAUACAACUACUUAUCAUCCACGUUAUGAAGAUACAUUUAGUCCAGGAUCUGUUGUAGGAUUGAUUAUGGGUUCAGUUGCAUUUAUUUCCGUUAUGUCACUUGGUGCAUAUUAUAUUCAUCGUCCACGAAUUAAUUAUCUGCCCUAUUAUAAUAAUAAUAAUGAUUCUACAGUUUAA